AUGCACUGGCCAAACUCACGCAUUUUCUACGACAUUCUGGCUCAAUCUGCUUCACCCGGGUUUGCAAUUCAUGCGCAAUCCCUUCUCGAGGCAGCAGAAGAACAACUCGCUCGAACAACCGCGCAAUCAAACCUCUUAUCUCCACUGCCAGGCCACCAACAGCUCGUGGCUCGGAUUGCUGCGCUCAAAUAUGCCGUUGCUCCAGUGCGAAAGCUACCCGCAGACAUUCUUUUGGAGAUAUUUCGGAUAGUUGCGGAUGAUUUGCUGAUACCCUUCUACUACAUAAACUGGUAUUCCAACAGACACUUCCGCCCCGCAUUCCGACUGGCCUCGGUUUGCUCAUAUUGGCGGCAGCUCAUGUCAACAGCGCCGCGCCUGUGGCCUACGUCUAUGACACUCCAGUUCAGUCGUUUUGGAUGCUCCCCUCAAUACUUGGACGUCGCUAAGACUUUGCUUCAGCGAUCGAACCCAUACUCUCUGGACAUCACAGUCGAUGGCCGUGGCCUGAACGUUGAACCUUCCUUGGCUUUGCACGUCAUAUUCGUCGCCAUGAACGUAGCUUCUCGUUGGCAGAGGAUAUCUAUGGAUUGUGAUAUCGUUCCUUUCCUAAGAGCUGCACGAACACCAGGUCCACUCAUUCACUUGACUGAAAUCAACCUCCACAACUUAAAUUGGGACGAAACAGACGAACCAUCGGCCUUCUUCUUGGAUGCACCCAAGCUAACCCGUGUGUCGCUCAGAACAUCCCAUGCUACCAAGCUUCUGCUGCCUUGGUCGCAGCUCACCAAACUCCAAUUAGAAGGUGUUGAAUCCCCAGGAUUCCUGGCCGUUCUGGAGCAAUGCAUUUCCGUGGUUAAUCUCCGCUUGGUGGGCUAUAUAUGUGACGAAGAUGUCAUUGCCCCCUCCGCACUGUCCACCAUCGUCUCUCUAGUGCAUCUCAGCAAUCUAAAGCUAUCGGUGACAGAGGAUCAUUGCACAUUCGAUCCCUUGUUUCGCCAUUUUACAUUUCCGUCUCUUAUCAACCUCACCCUCAACGCUCCCGGCGCAGAUGAUACGCCUGAAAUUGGAGAAUCCUUUCCCUCCUUUCUGGCGCGGUGUUCUGCUCUCAGCGACCUCUCGAUCUCUUGCUUUGAUAUGAAUGAAACGGCUUUGAGUGACAUCCUGCUCAAUAUUCCAUCGCUCACCAGCCUCACACUUGCAGCCUGUUUCUACUGCGUAGACAACGCCUUUUUUGAGCGGUUGACAUACCGUCCCACAGACCUCGUUCCGCCAGCACCGUGCCUCCAACGGCUCCAUCUUGACGGUGUCAAUGAUCGUUACAGUCAAGAUGUCGUCCUGGCUAUGGUCUGCUCGCGCUGGUGGACGGACGACGCUCUCCGGCUCCCAGCUCCACGCGUUGCACGCUGGCAAAACAUAUAUAUCUGCGGCCGUGAUCCACCCGAAGUCGUACUUUCGGACGCAUUCAAAGCCGCGAUGGCGGAAUUGCGCGCUGAGGGACUGGUUUUCGAGGUCGAAGAAUAUGAAGAGACCCAUGGUGACAACUGA